AUGAUAGCUGUUAUAUUAAACCUUGCUAUAUUAACAUUUUUGCAACAUGGUACUACUAUUUACCAGCAACCGGGCAUAAAUUGUUAUCGCAAUCUGACUCAUACAAAUAGCCCAUAUCAAAAUAUUAAACAAAAUGGAGGGCAUUUAAAAAGAAUUUUAAGAGUCACACCACAAUCGGACGAUUAUUUACGUGAUAUAACUAUCCAUGUGGAAAAUGAAUUAGAAGGCAUUAAUCCUGAAACACUUGCAUUAUAUCCACCAUUAUUGCCAGAAUAUUCUUUUUCUAUUAAUGAAAUUAGUCCUCAAGAAAAUUUACCACAGAAUAAUACUACUAUCGACAGUAACGAGACUACCUUAAUAAAUUUGUUAACGGAUUUCGCUAAUGCCCAUGCCAAUAAUAAUAAUAAUAAUGCUUUAAAUAAUGAAAAUUCAAAUACAACCCUCCCCCCUUCUGCAAAUCAUGAUUUUGUAAUGGAACGUUUAAAUUUAAUUUAUCGUAUGGAUGAACUUUGGGAAUCCGUUAUUAAUGACAUGUUCUCACAAUAUAAUAAUUUUUCAGACGCAUUUGAACUAACCCCUGAAGCAAGACUUGUUAUAUGGAAUCAAUCUUGGAGACCACAUUUAGAAUAUUUGCUUAAUACAGCUGUGUUGGCUUUUGAAAAUUAUAAUAUGUCUACACCUGAAGUAGAAGCUAACGUUUUAGACAUCAUUGAGCGCGCAAAAAUCGAAUUUCAAAUUUUUAUAGAUUCAACUAGAAUAGCUUAUGAAGCUUUGAACAACUCCAAUAAUACAGAUCAAUCUUCACAGACAGAGGUAUAA